AUGCGCCGCGAAACAGAUCAACCGAGUCUCAAGUCACAAGAUACCAAAGAGGUCUCGGAAAUGCCCGCCAAGACAGACAGAGAUGCCGUUGAAUGCGGAUCAAUUGCUCCUGGCGGUGUUACUGUUCAGACCUUGAAACCGUUCACAACUUUAUCUGCACUCGGCAUUGGCUAUGGCACCACCAACACCGCCGUCGGACUCCUUCUCGUCCUUGGAAGCACUCUUCCAAUGGGUGGUACACCUCUCUUCUUUUGGGGGUUCCUUGUCAUGGCGGGUGUUGGUCUUGCAACAGCUACAACAUUGGCAGAGCUUGCAUCGGCCAUGCCUCAUCCCGGUGGACAGUAUAUCUGGGUCAAUCGUUUAUCCCCUCCCCGAUAUCGCCGCUUUCUGUCGUACACGAUCGCUGUUGUCAGUUGGCUUGCUGCAGUUGCUACAGGUGCUUCGGCAUGUCUAUCGGUACCUACGGGCUUCUGUGCCAUCAUCUCCCUGCUCAAUCCCAACUUUGUCUACAAGCGUUGGAUGGGAUUUGUUGGAUUUCAACUGUUGAAUAUCUUGACCGUCAUAUGCGCCAGCUUCGAGCAUGCCCUCCCACGAAUCUCAAAGAUCAUGCUCCUCUUCAGCUGUAUGACAAUCGGUGUUAUUUUCAUCACGCUGUUUGCCAUGUCUGACAGCCAUGCUUCAGCAAAGGACUACUUCACAACAUCGGUCAAUAUUUCGGGAUGGCCAAAGGGAAUUGCCUUUAUCAUCGGAAUGAAUGGUGCCAAUUGGAGUUUCUCGUGUCUCGACGUCGCCACCCAUUUGGCUGAAGAAAUGCCAUCGCCCAGCACCGAUAUUCCCAAAGCUCUGAUGUGGACUAUCGUUGUCGGAUUUGGGUCUGGGCUCUUGGUUGUGACUUCGGUUCUUAUCAACGUACCAACCAUAGAUGGAGCUGCGGAUAACUCAGCUCUUUCUCUGUUCUACAUGAUUACCAAGAGCAAGGCGGCUGCUGUGGGCUUGUGGAUUCCUGUUCUCAUCACAACGGCUGGCGCAGUUUGGUCGAUCCAGACAUGGCAGUCCCGUCUUGCUUGGACCAUCAGUCGCGAAGGUGGCUUUCCAUUGCAUCACCAUCUCAGCAAGCUUGCGCCUGCUCCCUUUCAUACGCCCAUCUGGUCGCUGAUCUGGUCUGCUUCUGGAACUGCCCUCUUCGGCUGCCUCUACCUUGGUUCAGAUCUUGCCUUCAACUCUUUGAUCUCGACGGGCCUGUUGCUCCAAUACAUUAGCUACAGCGUCCCUGUCGUUUUGGUUCUUUUGCAAGGACGCAGCAACUUUCAACAUGGAUAUGCACUCAAUGUGCGUUGGUCACAAAAGCACCAGACAAGGCCGAACACUGGUGAGAGCUCUUUGCGACAAAGGAAAGCAAAGAGUCGUAUCAAUACUUCUUCCAACUCGGUAGCCGAGGGUUUUCAUCAGAUGAACGGAUGGCUCGAUUCCCCAUCUCAACUGGACUUUCUCAUGCCAGCAGAGAUGUUCAGCGUUGAAAAUCUGUCGCAAGACCUCCUAGGAGCUGAAUCCUCGUCGCGGAUCGACGACAACAACAUACUCGAUUCGCCUGGCGGAAACUUGACAGUUUGGACUCUUGCUGAGGACUCAGGGUCAACAUUCAGCAUUGAAGAACCAAUGGGACUGAUCGGACAGCUGUUUGGUGAUUCCACGAGCCACCCAAUGUUUCAGCCUCAGAACCCAUUGCAGGAAGAGCAAGCUCUCGUCCAGUCUCGAUAUUCAUGCCCUAACCCGCACCGACGCAUGUCCAACACCCCAACCACUCUAUCUGAAUACUUUUUCCGAGAAGUUAUUACUCUCUACUGUUCUUGGGAUAGUGAACAAAAUGUUAUGCGCAAUAUCGUAGAGAAAAUGUGGCAAUCUUCCGGUGUGCUCUAUCAUACCAUACAGAGCAUGGCUGCAGCAUGCUUGUCAAAAGACUUCCCGCACCUGCUACCGGUUGCUCGUGAGGAGCGUUCACAAGCACUUCAACUUGUGAAGAAUGGACCUCCGGAGAUGGAGAAGCAGGUAAUGCUGCUUGCAUCCAUGCUGCUUGGCCAUACAUCGAGCUGGCUAAGCCCUCACAACCUUGCAACAGAGACCUUUCGAGCAAGCCAAAACAUACUGGAUGAAAUUGCCACCGACAAUAGUGACAGCUCGGAGAUGUCCUUCUUUAGAGACACCAUGGACUAUUGGGCUAUGCUUCUUGUCUAUCUUACUGACAAGAACGAGCUGGGAAAGUACCAUCGAGAGGAACGGAUUGGGCCAUUAAACUUGAUGAAACCAAUCGAACCACAUCCCUACUCUGGCAUUUCACAAGAUAUGGUUCGUGCACUGACCGAUACGGGGAUACUCAUAUUCCAAUAUCGAAAACAUAUGUCCACCACGAAGUUCAUGACGGAAAGCGAUCUUGACGUGUUCAGAACUGCAUUGCGUGAGGGCAGACGACUGGAACGCACAUUCUUAGCACACCAGGUGCCGAGUGCAGUACACACCAAGAACCCUGGCGAUCCCAAGACACCACUGAAGCAUUUGGAGCUUAUGGAUGAAGCGUAUCGAUGUACAGGGCUAUUGCAGCUGUAUCGAGUCUUUCCCGAUCUUUUGAACGAACGAUACUCACCGUGGAGCAAGGAUCACAUUCUACGCCCUUCACCAGCACAUCAAGUGCCCACAAAACAAGAGAGACAGCUGUGGCUGACACAAUUUGCUUUGCAUAUCCUUGGUAUCUUGGAAGAGAUUCCGUUUGAGUCAAGGACUCGCAGUGCUCAGCCGUUCGUUAUGGUUGCUAUAUCCGGUGAACUCAGGCAGACUUGUCAGAGUUUUCAUGGCUCCGACGUGUCCAUCACAGACCCGGGGAUUUUGAGCAUUGAUGGUGUGUCUAUUGAAGUGGCCCGUGCUCGGAAGUUUGUAAGCUCCCGGCUGUCAGCGUAUACACACAUUCUGCCCUUGCGAAAGAGCCAGGUUAUUCUGGAGCUCAUCAAUCAAGUUUGGUCGGCAAUUGAUGAUGGCCAGGAGGAUGCUUAUUGGUUGGAUAUCGCUUACGAGAAGAAAUUGGGCACAAUGAUGGGGUAG